GCAACACGUGAGUAUUAAGAUCCGGACAUGUGAGGGAUAUUUAAAUGCCGUAUAUAAGAUGUCAGUGCUAUUCUGUGUAAUCCAGUUGGAUUGUAAGAGUGGGAGUUGAUCUAUAUACCAGAUUGAUAAGAUGAAUCUAUUGAUACUAACAUUAGCAGUAUGUUAUUGUGGGCUUGUUUAUACUAAACCCUUGACUCACCUGGAAGAUGAAAUUACAGGUUUAGAAAACAGUUUUGUUCAACUUGGCGAUGAACCUGUAGAUAUGCGAGCAAGACGAUCUGUUCGUCGACCAACCAUUCUAAGUGAAAUAAUGGGACCACUUCACAGGAGAAAUGUUCGAGCCAUAAACGAAUACCAGAGAAGCGAUGCUGUGUACGUUAGAAUGCGAUCCUUACUGAGAUUGUUAAGGAUGCUGAUAGGGGCUUCCCCUUCUGUAGAAAUUUACCAUUACGUCAACUGGGAUAAGACCAUCAUCAUCGACAACCUGUUUUAUACUCUACCUAAAACUAUCUGGGAGGUGAGGAGAGUGAUACGUGCCGCUGGUUUACUGGGGAUGAGAGUAAGGGCAACAGGUGCAGGUCACUCCCGAUCUCCCCUUUACGUGGAUGAGGGAAACAUAAUGAUGGACGUCAGAGCACUUGAAAGACACGAUGGUCCUCGAAUGGAACUUCAUCAACCGACACCAAUUAGAAACUACACAACACUAACAGCAAUGACGGGGGUGUAUGAAUAUGAUUUAAAUGAAUUUAUGGUUAGUAAUCACGUGACGAUGUUGUCACAACCUCUCAACGUGAAUGAAACGUUUGGUGGUAUGGUAGCAGCUUCAACACAUGGAUCCACGUGGAGUGCACCUACCUAUAGUGGUUAUGUAAGAGAAAUGAGAUUAAUGGACUCUUCCGGUCGUCUGCGACGUUUCACCAUUGAAGACCAUCCCAACAUCAUGAAGGCCGCCAUUUGUAAUUUAGGGAUGUUUGGCAUCAUGUAUGACAUCACAAUAGAGGUCUACCCCAUUGUGAUAGCCAAAGUUACUAACCAAUUCGCGAACCUGGGUGAUCUAAUCUACGAUAAUACCAAGUUAAGAGAUACCGUCACCUCGAACUUCUUGACAGAAAUAUCCUGGUUUCCUUUCAACUCUGUCACUGACCAAGAGGCGACGGAAUACGAACAAGAUGGAAGGAUUCCUGCUGCCUGGAAUGCUAAAAGAGAUUUGGUUUGGUUGAGAACAAUCAACCUUGUGAAUGAAUCGGAACUAGGUGAUAACAUAAUUCAACCAGCCAUAUUUUUACCGACAAAUGGUUCGCUGUCUGGUGGAAAUGUUGUCGGUUUAUUAAGAGGAAGGGCAGCUGUUAAUAUAGCUAGAAAACUACCCAGUACUAGUUAUCAUUAUCUAGUUGAUGGUUUCCCUGUUAUAUUACCACCACGUUUCGGUACAGAAACCAGUGCCGCUUUUAUGUUGAGUAUAGAUAAUCAGUUUAUUAGACCAGCUACAGGACUACAGUUUAUUAUUGAAGAAGCCGAAACUCAGAUAAAAACAAACGGUUCAACACCUUUGAACGCUCUUCUUCCUCGAUUCUUCCAAAAUCACGAGUGUGACCUUUGCCCUGGUAACCAUGACAUCACAAUUCCCGACGACUCUGGUAGAACGUUGGUAAUAGAUUUCUUGGCUCCACCAGCUCAGUACGGUUUUUAUCCUACAGCUAGAAAGUUUGUUGAGAGAUUUGAGAAUGAGAAAGUUCGACCCCACUGGGCCAAACGUCACGACAAUAUACCAGGAAUAGUUGAUAUUAUCAAGAACGUUUACGGCAAUAAUCUCGUCCAUUUUCAAGACAUGAAGAAACUUGCACGAGUUGAUCAUAGUGAUAUGUUUAUGAACAGUUAUUUAUUAGCAAUAUUUGGUAGAAGUGAUUAUUCUUCAUAUUAAAAAAAAUACAUUCUAGGGAAUUGUGAGAGUUACCCCCCCCCCCACCACCACCAAACACCCAAUAUUCGGUAGAUGUGAUUAUUCUUCAUAUUAUUAAAAUGGUAUUAUCAGGGUUAAGAGAGUUAUUUCUACCCUCGAACUUUAAAAGCCAGAAAGCCAGUUCUUCCCCGAUCACCGACAGUUUUUCAACGCCAUUAUCCCAUUUGUUUUGUAGAAGUGAUUAUACUUCUUAUUAAAAUACAGAGAGCCAGUUAUCCCAUAACGCCAAUCUUCACACCCCCUCGGCCCAUUCCCUCUGCAUGAAAAUUGAUGUUACAAACAUAAUAAUGGAGAGUUAUUCCUCACCCCAACACCGUCAUGCACCUCACCACCCCUAAUCCACAAAUCCUAUUGUUAUUUACUUGUAUAUAUCAUCCAUUUAAAUGUGUGUGAUUUUUCAGUAAAAUUUGUUUAUAACUUGUAUUAACUAUGCUACUGUUUAGUUUGUUCAGUCUGUGUUUUAGUGUACAGCCCACCCGAUUUGUUUUGGUAAUUUUAGCCGUAUUGUUUGUUCUGUCUGUGUUUUAGAGUACAGCCCUCGAUUUGUUUUUGUAAUUUGAGGCGUAUUGUAGGCGUAUCAUUCCCAUCACCAGGGUAAACCACACACUCUAUAGUUAGAUAGUUGUAUAUUUUAAAGUUUGGGAUUUUCAUCCUUUAUAAUUUAUAUUUUCUGUUAAGUUUUUCUGUCCGUGUUUUAGUGGACAUGCAUUUUGUAAUUAGCGGCGUAUUGUAGUUUUCUUAUAAUAAAUUAGUUUUCUCGACACUGUCAAUAGAGGCCAGAGUUAUCAUCCGAUUGACUUUAAAUUCAUACACAUUGAUUAAGUUGAGCUGACGUCAUCGUCCUGGUAUCGGUACAUGUUUUAAAUUAUAUAAAUGCUAACACGAAGAAGAAUACUAAUUACUUCGGAUCACUCGUUAUCAGUUUUAGAGUCUUGUGAAUGCCCCAACAUGCUGUUUUGUCGCCAUGCAAAUCCCAAUUAACAGUCUGUAACUUGAUAAUUUGAUUCUUGCCACCAAUAAGAUAUUAAAAGGUGCGAUAAUAUGUAAGAUUUAGAUAAGAGGUGGACAUUCUUGCUAUAAUUGUUCAAAAAUAGAUAAUGAAAAUAGAAUAUAUUGAAAAUAUCAUUGAAAUUACUUAAUUCUGGACGAUGUAGCGUAGAUCGCUUAUUAUCGUGGCAACGGUACUUGACAACCGAGACUAUGUCUCGAUUAUCCAUUUUAUGGUUAAAUUUGUGAUCUCGCGCGUGUACAAAUUCAUUUAAAUCUCUGCCAUCCGAUGUUCUAGAGAGUUUAUAUGCUUGCUAUGUUAAUAAAUGUCUCAUUUAUAGUUUACAUAACUUUUAAGGCCUAAAGAAAGGUCUAUAAUAGGCAGAUUUAGCUCUUCAAUGAUGCAUUUUGAAGAUAUAUUCGGCAUUUUAUUAUGUGAUUAAAUUUGUGUAUCUUUAUUCUUAAGUAUGUAUAUUUUUGAUAAUAAAAUUAAAAUUUCAU